AUGGGCUCAUUGGACACCACUCAGACCUUCUGGUCGAACGCCGACAAGUAUCUCAUGAUAACGGGCGUUCCUUUCUCCCCGGUUAUUAUCACCAUGGCUCGCGGCACACGUCUUUACGAUGCCGAUGGCAAUUCAAUUCUCGACUUCACCUCCAGCCAGAUGAGUUCCCUGCUCAGCCACUCCCACCUUGAGAUCGUGGAGGUCGUCUGCAAGUAUGCCGCAGAACUAGAUCACCUGCUCAGCAACAUGAUUACUCCCCCGCUUCAAAAGUCCUUCAUCCUGAACACCGGACCCGAGUCGACCGAGGCGGCUAUCAAGAUGGCCAAGUGCCAUACUGGCAACUUUGAGAUUGUCGCUUUCCACGGCCUCACCCAGGGCUCUGGCUCUGCCAUCUACUCAGCCGGGCGUAAGCGGGGUGGGCCUUGUACGCCUGGCCAGCUCGUGUUCCCUGCCCCGUACGCUUAUCGCUCGCCUUUCCGAAAGGCCGAUGGAUCCUAUGACUGGGAGACCGAGAUGGACUAUGGAUGGACCAUGAUCGACCGCCAGAGCGUCGGCUCUCACGCUGCGUUUAUUAUGAAGCCUAUUCUAUCCACAGGGGGUAUAUUGGAUCUCCCUAUGGGAUAG